AUGGCAGAAAGUGUGAAAAAGAAUCGUGUAUCAGAAGAUGUGUUGAUAGAUAUUCUCACAGCAUUACCUAUCAAAUCCUUAUUAAGAUUCAGAUCUUUAUCAAAAUCAUGGAACUCCCACAUCAGUGACAAAGACUUCAUCAGUGCCUAUUUGGCCCAACCCAAACCAUCGCUUCUCCUUCGUCGAUGGCAAAAUCGUCAAGAAUCCUACUCUCUGCAUCUCGAUAAUGAAUCUUUAGAUAGGAGCUUACAGUUCCAGAACUUGCCCUUUCGGAGUGGAGCUGAUUGUUUUGAUAUAAUAGGUUAUUGCAAUGGAGUUUUAUGCGGUCCACACAGUGCUACUUGGGGUUUUGGCUUUGAUUUACCAAGUAAUGACUAUAGGGUUGUUAGAGUUGCGAGACAAGUUUCAUCUAAACGUGAAUUCCCUAUGGAGUUUCAGGUUGCUUUUAAUGGCAUCCUUCACUGGCUUGUAUAUCGUGAGGAGAAUGACAACCGCCGGAGUUUUGUUCUUUCUUUUGAUUUAAGUAAUGAUAAGUUUGGGGAGAUAAUGUUGCGGAUGGCCACUCAGUGGAUGGUGAUUUCAGAGUUUGACGACUCCCUUGCGGCGCUUUUCUGUAGGUGCGCUGCCAAGUAUGUUGACGUAUGGUUUAUGAGAGAAUAUGGAGUGAGGAAUUCAUGGAACAGACUAUACACGGUUCAAGUAGAUGGAUUCACGAGGUCAAUUGUUUUCAGGAAGAAUGGUGAAAUAUUAAUGAGAAAACAUGGAUCGUUUGAGGUAGUUUCAUGUGAUCCACAGACUCCAGCAAGUCGUAAUUUUAGGGCUACAACAAUGCGACUAUGUAGAAUAUUUUGUUCAGAGUCUAAGUUUACUUAA